AUAGCUUGAUCAUUUACGAGUGUCAGAUGUAGCUCGUCCGCAUUCAGGAAACGGCGCAGAUAAAGGCAGUUGAACGAACAACUAAGAUCGAUUCACCCGGCGGUUAAACUGUGGGGUAACCGCGGUCAAUACUGGCACUUUUAUCUAGUUUUAAAGUGAUAUACUUUCAGUGUUUUGUAUAUUUUGUAUUCGAGUUGAUAAUGCUGGAUGGUCGAACUGAUGAAGUUCACAAGAGACAUUUGCCGACUGCUGGGUAUUGGAGGCGAUGGGCCAGGUGAGCAGGAGGAGAUGGAGCGGGGAGGAGGAAGAGGAGGAAGAGGGGGUCCAGGUCCAGCCGCGGGUGGAGAGGUCCUGAGUGGGGAGGAGGAGAUGGAGCGGGGAGGAGGAAGAGGAGGAAGAGGGGGUCCAGGUCCAGCCGCGGGUGGAGAGGUCCUGAGUGGGGAGGAGGAGUUCAGUGAGGAGGAGAAGACCAGAAGGAGAGCAGAGAGACGCAGGGCUAAGAGAAAGAGACAGAAAGAACGAAAGAAACUGGAGAAGGAGAAGAGCGCGGAUGCUGAGCAGGAGGGAGAAGCGUCAGAGUCUGAGAGUGAAAGUGAGGAGGAGGAGGAGGUAGAGAGGGUAGUACCUCCUGCCAAGAACAAGCCCACGCCUCCUCUCACUGUGUCUGGGAACAAGAGCAACCGCCAGCCCCCUGUCAGGACCCCAGAGGAGGAGCCAGAGUGGGACGUCCGCAGUGCGUUUGUGGCCAACGCUGCCAGUCACAUCAGACCCAAAGCCAGGACCAGUGCAGGCCACGCCUCUAGAGAGAACAAGGAGAACGAGUCUAGGACCAGCGAGGUGGAGAGUUCAGACCCUGUGAAGAAGGGAGCUUCACUAACAGAGAAGGGUAUUCAGUUGUUUAAGCAGGGCCAGUACUCUCAGGCUGUGGACAUGUUCUCUGAGGCUAUCCACUGUGACCCCAAAGACCACAGGUUCUUUGGGAAUCGUUCAUACUGCUACUGGUGUCUGGAGCUCUACCCCUCUGCCCUAUCAGACGCUCAGAGGUCCAUCCAGCUCGCCCCUGAUUGGCCAAAGGGAUACUUCCGCAAGGGGAGUGCACUGAUGGGGUUGAAGCGGUAUGGUGAGGCAGAGGGGGCCAUGCAGCAGGUGUUGAAGCUGGAUCAGGACUGUGAGGAGGCCUCCAUUGAGCUCUUCAACUGCAAGGUCCUGCAGCUCAUGGAUCUGGGUUUUGAAGAGGGGCAGAGUGUGUUGCUGUUGGAGAAGUUUACCACGGUUCAGGCUGCUCUCGGCUCCCCUGAGGCUGAUAGAGUGGUGGACCUCUCCUCCCCUGAGGACUCUACUGGGUGAGUAUGUUGAACUGGGUAUCAUACCUGGGUUGUUAGUGUGGCUCUCUACCAUGUUAUCCCACUGAGCUAAAGUCUAGGCAUUAGCUUCGGGAGCUAACAUGUAUCUUCAUGUCUCAGACAAGGUUAUCUCGUCAUUUGAGACCAGCUUUGUUGAGGCCACCGCCACUCUGUUUGUUAUUCGUCAUCUAAAUGGUCCUAUAAUACAUCAUUUCAUUUACAUCCCUACAGUUCUAGAAGCUAUAGACGGUCCCAAAUGGCCCCCUAUUCCAGGGUUUCCGUUAGGAAAAUGUUGCGCUGGACAUUUGUCAAGAAGCAUUUGAAUUUACCGGACAUUUGAGAAAUUUAACGGACCUCAUAUGCAUUGGGUGCUUAAGCUGAUUAGGGCGUCCACCAUCUGUCAGAAUGACAGAAAUCACAUUUAAAUUAUGGUAAUUCAUAUUAACAGAACAUGCAAGUCGAAGAUGCAACAAUGUGUGGUACUUAUUACCAAAUUCUGAUGAGCACUUUGAAGAUGUUAGAAUAACUGUCCAAAUGUAUUUUUCCUCAACCAACAAGAUGAGUAACAAACGGCAAAAUAACUAGUAGUAGAAACGUUCACCUAUUCUAUUGGUCAACUUGUGGAGAAAGAAAUAGCCUAUACCAAACACUCUGGGACAGUUGUGGGAAGAUAGAUUCCAAAUUCAUAGUCGAUCACCAAGCAUUUCUGUGAAAAACCCAACGAUAAAGCCUUGUGUUCCUAUAAAAAUUUUUGGGUUUCGCGCUGUUGAUGGUAGGUGCACUUGAUUCAGCAGCCCUAGUGCCGGGAAGGCAAAGUGUUUCCAUUUUAAACCAUUUCAUGUGUCUAAAGGUAGAACUCCGCCUACUCGGCAGGCCCAGAGAGCAAAUCAAGUGCACCUAUAGGCCUACCGCUGCCCAAUCAGAUAGCUCAGAUCACAGAGUCUGCACAGUUUCCUCGCUCCAUAGACUGUAAAAAGAAGCCUUGAACUCACAGCAAAGUUGAUCCUGUGAGAUUUCAAAACGUUUAAAACCACGAGUAGAGAGACAACGAAUACAGCAGAGAGCUGCUUUUUUCUUGACUGAGUUCAUGUUUAAGUUGUUAUUCAGCACUGUCAACACUUAGUUCAUCCGUUUUAUAAGCCAUAAAAUGUGAGUGUUUCAAUAAGCUUGCGUCGUUGUUAUUUCUCUGGUCAUAGGAGUAACAACAUAGGAGUAACAACAUAGGAGUAACAACAUUUAAUUGGUUCAUGAGGCAGAAGUAAUGCAGUGCGACUUAAGCCUCACCAUCAGCUGGAAGACUGUGUCCCCUUUUCUCAGCUGAAGGAGGGACAGAGGAGAGAUGGUGAGGAGGGAGAGAGGAGGGACGGUGACGAGGGAGAGAGGCAGCCUCCGCUGCUCCUUCCCUUCCCUCAGAUUGACCAUCAGAUGCUCCCUCCCCUCAGACUGACCAUCAG